AUGGCCACCUGUAAAUCUUGUAUCGCGCUGAUGAGCUCUCUAGUCCUGCUGUUAUCCUGCGCGCUGCGAUGUACGGUAGCGGUUCAGACGGACGCACAAGCAAUGAUGUAUUUAUCUCAAUUUGGUUACUUGAGCCCUUCGAUGAAAAAUCCGAAUUCAGGUCAUAUCAUGUCUGAGGAAACAAUGGCCCGGGCGUUAAUGGAGUUUCAAUCAUUCGUUGGUCUAAAUCUGACAGGUCACUUGGAUGACGAAACGCUACACUAUAUGAGUAUGCCCAGAUGUGGUGUAAGAGAUAAAGUCGGGUUUGCCACAGACUCCAGGUCUAGGAGAUAUGCUCUUCAAGGUAGCCGGUGGAGGGUGAAAGACUUGACGUAUAAAAUAUCCAAGUAUCCUAAACUGCUGGGUAAGUCGGAAACGGACUCGGAAAUCCGGAAAGCAUUCGACGUAUGGUCUGACGUCACACCGUUGACAUUUACUCACAAAAAAUCCGGACAAGUGCACAUCGAAAUCAGAUUUGAAAAAGGUGAACAUGGUGAUGGCGAUCCAUUCGACGGACCGGGUGGAACUUUGGCACAUGCUUUCUUUCCGGUUUACGGGGGUGAUGCUCAUUUUGAUGACUCAGAGAAAUGGUCAAUAGGUUCAUUUAAAGGUACUAACUUGUUUCAAGUAGCAGCUCAUGAAUUCGGUCACUCAUUAGGAUUGUCUCACUCAGACGUCCGGUCGGCGUUAAUGGCGCCAUUUUAUAGAGGUUAUAAUCCGUCAUUUAAUUUGGACAGCGACGACGUGGAAGCCAUUCAGGCUCUGUACGGCGCUAGCACCUCGGGAGAAGGAUCAGACAACGAUGACGACAGCACUAGCCAAGGAUCGGGUAAAAAGACAACAACGCAAGAACCGCCGGGCACAGAGGGCAGCGACGCUGAAUUAUGCACUGACACUAAAGUGAACGCUUUGUUCAAUUCGGCCGCCGGUGAAACUUUUGUGUUUAAAGGCGAUUACUAUUGGAAGUUGACGGACGACGGACUGGCUCAAGGAUUUCCCAAGUCCAUCGCGGGCACGUGGUCUGGCCUGCCAGGCAACAUAGACGCCGCGUUUACGUAUAAAAAUGGUAAAACUUACUUCUUCAAAGGCACAAAGUAUUGGAAAUACACUGAUACCACGAUGGACGACGGAUAUCCAAAAGACAUAAGCGACGGCUUCGCCGGUAUCCCGGACAAUGUUGACGCCGCUCUUGUUUGGAGUGGAAACGGAAAGAUUUACUUUUUCAAAGGCUCAAAGUUCUGGAAAUUUGAUCCGAUGCAAAAGCCCCCUGUAAAGAGCACGUACCCGAAGCCUAUCAGCAACUGGGAUGGUAUUCCGGAUAACAUUGAUGCGGUUUUGCAUUACACCAAUGGCUAUACAUAUUUUUUCAAAGACGAGAACUAUUACAGGUUCAACGACAGGACGUUUGCAGUCGAUACUGCAGACCCACCUUUCCCUCGCAAUGCUGGCUAUUGGUGGUUUGGCUGUAGGGCCGAAAAUAAGGGACAUCGGCAAGAAGUGACCGCAGCGCCCAGCAUACUCAGACCAACGUGGAUGGAAGUCAGACGAGAUCACAAAGGCAAUCAAAACACUGAUGUCGGUGAUCUGAUAAUGGACGCAGAAGAAGAUAGUGGCCACACCGGUAUUUUGAAAAUGUGA